AUGAUUGUUUAUACUGCGAUUGCUGCUGGUGUUGUCACUUCUCCUCGCCCGAAAGAGGAGAUAUACAAGGAAAUUUCAAUGUUUGAAUGUGGUUCAAAGAGAUGCAAUGUAGGUCUCAAAGGAGUUCAAGGAUCUCUCCAAGUUUUUGUUAAAGCAUCAUCAAUCUUUGAAUUUGAAGUUCUUUCUAUUAUUUCUGAGUUUGAAAGUGUACUCCACUUCUUAUAG